CGUAAAUAUACCAGAUUUUUCUCCUCCAUUUAUGGCAUACAUUAUGCAUCCGGUUGUGGCAAUAAUGAAUCUCCUCCAAACCCCCAAAGUAAGGACAACAACUGCUGUCACCUGCUGGCUGGCCUUUGGACUAUUUGGAUUAUUAAUAACGCUGCCAGCUUCUUCGGCGGGACCUCAUGAAAAACGUCUAUUACAUGCACUCUUAGAUAAUUACAACAGUUUAGAGCGACCCGUUGUUAAUGAAUCCGAUCCACUGCAAUUAAGUUUCGGUCUAACCUUAAUGCAGAUAAUUGAUGUGGAUGAGAAGAAUCAAUUGCUGAUAACAAAUAUUUGGUUAAAACUGGAAUGGAAUGACAUGAACUUAAGAUGGAAUGCCAGCGAUUAUGGUGGGGUUCGAGAUUUACGAAUACCACCACACCGUCUAUGGAAACCCGAUGUUUUGAUGUACAAUAGUGCUGACGAAGGCUUCGACGGCACCUAUGCCACAAAUGUGGUGGUUCGAAACAAUGGCUCAUGUCUAUAUGUGCCGCCUGGUAUCUUCAAGUCCACCUGCAAAAUUGACAUCACAUGGUUCCCCUUCGAUGAUCAGAGAUGUGAAAUGAAAUUUGGUUCAUGGACCUAUGAUGGUUUUCAGCUGGAUUUGCAAUUACAAGACGAGGCUGGCGGUGAUAUCUCAAGUUUCAUCACCAACGGAGAAUGGGAUCUCUUGGGUGUACCCGGUAAACGAAAUGAAAUCUACUAUAAUUGCUGCCCAGAACCUUAUAUUGACAUAACAUUCGCCAUUUUGAUACGACGCAAAACUUUGUACUAUUUUUUCAAUUUAAUUGUGCCCUGUGUACUGAUCGCCUCUAUGGCACUCUUAGGUUUUACACUGCCACCAGAUUCUGGUGAAAAACUAUCGCUGGGAGUUACGAUUUUACUAUCACUUACUGUGUUCCUUAAUAUGGUGGCCGAAACUAUGCCGGCUACAUCAGAUGCGGUGCCACUAUUGGGAACUUAUUUCAAUUGCAUUAUGUUUAUGGUGGCUUCAUCAGUUGUGUCAACCAUACUUAUCCUCAAUUAUCAUCAUAGAAAUCCAGAUACGCAUGAAAUGAGUGAAUGGAUAAGAGUAAUAUUCCUUUAUUGGUUACCUUGCAUUUUGCGCAUGCAAAGACCAGGACAGGUUGGCUACGAAUGCCCACCGCCUCCAUCAUCGUCGUCGACAUCCUCCAACAAUGGCGACAAGAAGCAACACAUACAGAAUGUUGAGUUAAAGGAAAGAUCUUCCAAGUCGUUGUUAGCCAAUGUUUUGGAUAUCGAUGAUGACUUCCGCUGUAAUCAUCGCUGUGCCAGCGCUACAUUACCGCAUCAACCGACCUAUUAUCGCACUAUGUACAGACAAGGUGACGAUGGUAGUGUUGGCCCCGUUGGUCCCGUUGGCGAUACACGAAUGCACGAAGCCAUAUCACACACCUGUCUGAGUUCAUCUGCUGAAUAUGAAUUGGCUUUAAUAUUGAAAGAGUUAAGAUGGAUAACUGAUCAGUUGAAAAAAGAAGAUGAAACCGGUGAUGUAACCAGAGAUUGGAAAUUUGCUGCCAUGGUAGUGGAUCGUUUGUGCCUUAUUGUGUUUACGUUAUUUACCAUAAUAGCCACAUUGGCUGUAUUGUUUUCAGCGCCACAUUUUAUUUUCCCAUAACUUUGUUGUUAUGCGUUUAUUUGCUGCGUUACAACUUUUGCUAUGCGUCGACAACGAUGCCAGCGCUUGCGCCUUUGCCGCCGUCGUAGUAGUAAGAAAAUGCCGCCGCUUCCCGUUAUCGCCGUCGCUUCCGCCAUUAUCAUCAUUAACAAGUUUAACAACAACAAACAAACAAACAAUGUCAACGUCAACGUUAAAGCCGCUAAAGUCAUUAUCGACAAUUUUAUGGAUAAUUUUUGGAAUUGGAAUUUUUUGAAAAUUUGCAUACAAUUCAUUUAAGCACAUGUGCCUGGUCAACGAAGAAUUAUAGAAAAACAAAACCAACAAAAAUAAAAAUAAA